AUUCUCCAUCCUUAUAGAGGUUAGAGGUCAUACGUCUGAACCGUCUCGGAAGUGCAUCUAAACGGUGCUGGUGUUUUUAUUAACGUGGUUCCAUCGUGCCAUGUGGAUUUACAAAAUCAUUGUGUCUAAAAAGCCUUUGCAGUUUCUCCACGCAUUUAUUUUUAGCUUCUGGUAGUUUAUAUCGAGGUAUAUUAUUACACAGCUAGCUAUUUAUCGAGUGUCGCUAACUAGCCUAGCAAAGCAUUUGGUGGAGUUGGUCGAAGUUUUUUUGUUUCAGUUAGAGAAAUAAGUUUAAUAAGUGAGUCAGAGGGGAAAAUAAGAAUAGCAAAAAUGCAGGAAAUAAUUGCCAGCGUUGAUCAUAUAAAGUUUGAUCUGGAGAUUGCAGUCGAGCAGCAGUUAGGAGCUCAACCGCUGCCGUUUCCUGGAAUGGACAAAUCAGGCGCGGCUGUGUGUGAGUUUUUCAUGAGGUCUGCUUGCCUAAAAGGUGGAAUGUGUCCUUUUCGGCACAUUAGCGGAGAAAAGACGGUGGUUUGUAAACACUGGCUUCGAGGAUUGUGCAAGAAAGGAGAUCAGUGCGAAUUUCUGCACGAGUAUGACAUGACGAAGAUGCCAGAAUGCUAUUUCUACUCCAAAUUUGGAGAAUGCAGUAAUAAAGAAUGUCCUUUCUUACAUAUUGACCCGGAAUCUAAGAUUAAAGACUGUCCGUGGUAUGACCGAGGGUUUUGCAAGCACGGCCCCGAUUGCCGACACAGACACACACGGAGGGUCAUCUGUGUUAAUUAUCUAGUAGGCUUCUGUCCUGAGGGCAAGUCAUGCAAGUUUAUGCACCCACGCUUUGAGCUGCCUAUGGGGACAAACGAACAGCCACCUCUGCCUCAGCAAGCCCAGACCCAGCAAAAGCAAAAUGCACAGAACUUAAACAGAUCAUCGUUGUCACUGAUCCAGUUAACCAGCAACAACUCCAUUGCCAACACCAACCAUCAAAAACCUUCACACAUUCUUGGAGCUUCACAGCCUCAGAAUAACACAGGCGGCCCCCGAGGCCCUCGUCCACUCGACCAGGUCACAUGUUACAAGUGUGGAGAGAAGGGACAUUACGCAAACAAAUGCACAAAAGGACACCUGGCUUUCCUAAGUGGACAGUAACGUUCUUCUUCACCAUGUAUCUGCUAAUAAACUGCUGGAAUUUCAUCUCAUGUACAAAAUGCACGAGGACUGGUCUGUUAGCUUUUCAGUGGAGAAGUUACAGUGGUCACGGUAGUGGACAUUCUCUGCCAAGAUCACUAAUGUGGGCAGAAUCGGGAGAAAAAAAACCAAAUCAAACCAGCAUGUUUGAGUUGAUGAGUAACACAGUGCAUUAUUUUUAAGCUCACAGCUCUAUAGUGGUGGGAA